CUUUCCUCUUUUGCAACAGAGUUGAUGAGGUCUAUUAUAUACCCUCCAGGAAAAAAUUUGCUAAAAAAGUUGGACAUAAUCUUUCCUUUCUGUAAUCUGAGCAUUUCAGUUACUUACUGUACCUUAGUAAAUUUUUCAGGAAAUCAAUCAUGACAAAAAUUCAGUGUGGCCCAGUUGUUGAAGUUCAAGGUGAUGAAAUGACCAGGAUUAUAUGGGAAUUAAUAAAAGAAAAGCUCAUUUUUCCUUUCCUGGAUAUAGAAUUGCAUAGUUUUGAUUUAGGAAUUGAAAACAGAGAUGCUACGAAUGAUCAAGUGACUAUUGAUUGUGCCAAUGCUAUCAAGAAAUAUAAUGUUGGUGUCAAGUGUGCCACAAUUACUCCUGAUGAAAAUCGUGUUGUAGAAUUUAAUUUGAAACAAAUGUGGAAAUCCCCAAAUGGUACUAUUCGAAAUAUUCUUGGAGGUACCGUUUUUAGAGAAGCCAUCAUUUGUAAAAAUAUUCCUCGUCUCGUAUCUGGUUGGACAAAACCUAUUAUUAUUGGCCGUCAUGCAUAUGGUGAUCAGUAUCGUGCAACAGAUUUUGUUGUACCUGGUCCUGGUAAGGUAGAAGUAAAAUACACUCCUAUUGAUGGAUCGGCUCCUGUUAGUUACACAGUAUUUGAUUUCAAAGAUGGUGGUGGAGUAUCUCUUUCCAUGUACAACACUGAUAAGUCUAUUACAGAUUUUGCACAUAGUUCUUUCCAGUAUGCUCUGCAAGCUAAUUAUCCUUUAUACUUGAGUACAAAGAACACAAUUUUGAAAAAGUAUGAUGGACGUUUCAAGGACAUAUUUCAAGAAAUAUAUGACAGGGAAUACAAAUCAAAAUUUGAAGCACAAGGAAUAUGGUAUGAACAUCGACUCAUUGAUGACAUGGUAGCUCAAGCUCUGAAAUCAGAGGGUGGAUUUGUGUGGGCUUGCAAAAAUUAUGAUGGUGAUGUUCAAUCAGAUUCAGUUGCCCAAGGAUAUGGAUCCUUAGGUCUGAUGACUAGUGUGUUGAUUUGUCCAGAUGGUAAAACAGUUGAAGCAGAAGCAGCCCAUGGAACAGUAACCAGACAUUACAGGAUGCACCAGAAAGGACAAGAAACGUCUACUAACCCUAUAGCAUCAAUUUUUGCAUGGACAAGAGGUCUAGCCCAUCGUGCUAAACUUGAUGGAAAUCAAAAAUUACAAGAAUUCUCAAAACGUUUAGAACAAGUGUGCAUAGAUACAAUUGAGUCUGGUUUCAUGACCAAGGAUCUGGCUAUAUGUAUCAAAGGCCUAAAAAAUGUUACUAGAGCAGAUUACUUAAAUACAUUUGAGUUUUUGGAUAAACUUGCAGAAAAUCUCAAAGAAAAGCUAAGUGCCUGACUACAUAUGCAAAACAGUAGAUUGUAACUUCUGGGAAUGUGUGCAACACACAGUGCACUUUAAGAAACUUUGUUUUCUUUUGUUCUAUUUUAUAUAUUUUAUGUAUGAAUUUUCAUAUUGAUAAAAUCUGAUUUUUGUUUCUUAAUUUUUUCUAUAUUAAAAGUAUAUUUUUUUCAUGGAA